UACUACAUACCUUCCCCUAUUCUUUUAUACCCAACUACCUAUCUUCCUUCCUUCUCCUUACCUACCCCUUUCCCCUACCUACUUACCCCCUGCCUAAAUUCCUUCCUUUGUAUCCACCUACUGGCCUACCUUCAUCUUUUCUACCUACCCUUCCCUCCUACCUACCUAUCUGCCUACCUUCCUUCCGUCCUUUUUUAACUACCAACUGAAACUUAAUUUCCUUCCUUCCUUCCUUCCUUCCUACUUCAUGUUACUAUUUAUCAGUAUUUAAUUUGUUAUUGUUACAGUUUGAGAUAACAGGACAGGUAAAUAUUUCACACACAGGACACCAUAUGUUCGGAGCAAAAGACCUCAGUUGUGAACAGAGAGAGAAAUAAUCAUUUUUUCUGGGUCUGCAUGAGGGUACCUAUUCAGCCUCCUGUGGCUGCUGUUGUUUCAUUGGUCUCCACUAGAGGGAGCAUUUAUUACGUGUGUGUGUGUGUGUGUGUGUGUGUGUGUGUGUGUGUGUGUGUGUGACACAGUAUUAAAUCUGUGUUACAGACCCCAGGAGAGACAGGAGAACAAUUAGAAAGUGGAUCACAUAGUUGACUGGGAAAAUGAGAUUGAGGACACCUGUUGACCUUUUCUCAUCAUGUCUCUGUUUCCUUAAAGGCAAAUAGUUUUAUGUGUCACAUUUAGAAAAAAAUAACAAAAAUCCUUGUUAGUUUUGUUCAUUUAAAGCUUUGGUAUUAUGCAACUUGCUGUCUUUUUUUGCUAUUUUGAUUGUUAAAGGCAGACGUGCAACUUUUUCUCGAGGUCCUCUGGGGUUCACAGGUUAAUUAGCAGAAAUAAGACAUGAGAUGGAGGGAGGGAAGAGAGGAGGAAACUGCAGUGCAUCAGUUAUCCAGUCAGUGGAGGAUGUGGAUGGCGGCUUUUUAUUUGACAAGAGUUUUGUCACGAACUAGAGGAAUAACAUUCAUUGGAGGAAUCCCAAACCAACUGUAUGCUUGUGCCAAAAAAAACCUACAUGUGAUGUGAGAGCAUCUGAGUUUCCUCUCUAUCUGAGUGGAUUUCCCAUGGAUUAACGUGGUAGUCCAGAUUUUUUGGAGGGAUUUUUUUUUUUUUAUCUCUCUCUCUUUAGAGGUAUUUUUACAGCAAUAAUCUGAUUCACUUGGCCUUAAUAAAAGAGUUGGACCAUCAGAUCCUGCGCUUAGUUGUGGAGAAUAUCCUGAAAGAUCCAUUAGAGCAGGAGAAAGCACGGGGGGCAAAACGGCAGUCAAUUAAAAAGGCAGACGGGAAAGAGCUAAAUGGAGUAACAGAAACUGCAGGAAAAAAAUGUGAAAAAGAGUGAUGAGUGAGUGACACUGUUUCAGAGACGAGGGAAAGAGAAGAAGAGCAGAGAGAGCAAGACGGAAAGAGACAGAUGGAUAGAAAGAAAGGGUGCGUAGAAAGUUCAGUUAUGUUGUAAAGGAGAAAAAGACAGAGAAGGACCGUGGAGGGGAAGGUAGAAGAAGAGGGGAAGAUGAGUGUGAGGUGGGAGACAGAGGGACUCCAGACUGUCGGCAUCGUCUGCCUGGUGAUUAUGUUCCUCAAACUGAUGCACCUGCUGGGCCUCAUCGACAUCACUGAGACCGACAGCAGUGACAGUGACUUGGAGCUGUCGACAGUGCGUCACCAGCCGGAGGGUCUGGACCAGCUGCAGGCUCAGACCAAGUUCACCAGGAAGGAGCUUCAGUCCCUCUAUCGAGGCUUCAAGAACGAGUGUCCCAGUGGGCUGGUUGAUGAAGAGACUUUCAAGACCAUCUAUUCUCAGUUCUUUCCCCAAGGAGAUGCCACCACCUACGCUCACUUCCUGUUCAACGCAUUUGACAUCGACAGAAAUGGUUCAAUCCGCUUUGAGGACUUUGUCAUCGGCUUGUCUGUGUUGUUAAGAGGUUCAGUCACUGAGAAGCUCAACUGGGCCUUCAACCUCUACGACAUUAAUAAGGAUGGCUACAUCACCAAAGAGGAGAUGCUGGCGAUCAUGAAGUCAAUCUACGACAUGAUGGGGAGGUACACCUACCCCUGUGUGCGAGAUGAAGCUCCUUCCGAACACGUGGACAAGUUCUUCCAGAAAAUGGAUAAAAACAGAGAUGGUGUUGUGACCAUUGAAGAGUUCAUUGAGACCUGUCAGAAGGACGAGAACAUCAUGAACUCCAUGCAGCUGUUUGAGAACGUGAUAUAAAGAAGCACAGUUCACACACAAAGCACACCCACCUCACCUCACCAACCCCUCAAACUCAUCCUGGAAUAUAAUGUAGGUACUGUACUGGACACAGGAACUGUGGUUUUUUUUUUCUAUUUCUUGCUGCGCUCCUUUAGCUGUAUCUUGCAACUGCCUCUGGAUUAAAAAAAGACUGCUACAGACUGAAGAAGAGGAGAAGAGCUUCCUGGGUAAAAAUUCCCCAUCGGCCCGUUUUUAUUUUAUUUUUAUUUUUUGUGUGUGUCCUAAAUGAGGAAACAGAAGAGCUCGUGUUUUAUCAUCAGACAAAGAGAAUUAACAAGGAAUGCAGAAUCUUACAAUAAUCCUCUGACCCGAGUUCCCAGGGAUACUAGCUUUAACACAGACACACACACACACACACACACACACACUCCUGCUGUUUCCUCAAGCGUUUUCUGAGCACUGGAUGAAGUGAACUAAGAGAAUAAAAAUCGCAACAACAAAAAAAAAGAGAGAAAUGAAGUAAA